AUGGCAAAAAAUGAGCUUUUUCGUUCAAGUGUUAAUUUCACUACGUCUACGGAUAAUCAAUAUGGAUGCGGAAAAAGUUUAAAACAACCUCAAGUCACGGUGCCAAAAUUGGUUUUAGGUUCUCCAGUCAAGGUCGAAAACAUGAACUCUUUCGAUAAUCCUGGGGAAGGUGAUCAAAACAAUCCUCGACAGGCUGAAAUCGAGCAGAAAAAACUCGAUAUUGCAUGUUACAAACAUAGCUUGGAGCUAAAUCGUAUUGCUCUUAGCAAAACCAUUUGGGAUAUACGUAAUUAUUGUUUCACUAACGCUCAAAAUGACCCCUUGCUCUGUCCCCCAAGAGACAAUCCAUAUAAAUCCCAACGAUCAUGUACAGUUAUUUAGGUUUUUUACAGUUACUUCCUUUUUAUAUAUAUUUGCUUCCUUGAUUAUAACCUACUUAAAAUGCUUUUAAUUAUUUCACACUAUGGAAAUAGUGAUUUCACUAACUUAUUUGCGAACAUCUGAUUGGUACUGAUAUUGUUGUUGAAGCCAAUGUCUAUGGAAAAAUGUCAAAAUAUAACUAUAUUGCAUAA